UUUGAAUGAGAGUGCGGUGAGUGAGAAGCACAAGCAGAAGAACUCGAAAGCACUUUGACAGAAGGUGGCAAAUUGAAGAGAAAAGUGUCUGUCUGACGCGGAGGAGGCAACCAACAACACGCUUUCCAACAAAACCACUCGCGAACGAACCCAUGCACGAAGAAGCAUCUAUCGGACGAACGAACAGACGAACGGAUUCAAUCACGCUCCUUGGUCAAAUCAAGAUUGGGGCCUCAUUCUAAUCGAAGACCACGACCAAGCCACCCACUUCAACCACUGAUCAUCCAUCAAUACAAGCCACCAACUGCACUAAAUCAAUAGUUGAAUUCUCUUGGCCGUCAUGGACAAUUCGUUCCUCAAGAGCGUCAAUAGUCUGGCGGACUCCAUUGGGCGUGUCAUGUACAAACAAGGAGCUCCCUCCAUUGACUACAGCGUGGGGGCGUUAACCGACAAGCGAAACAGAAAUCCCAACUGGACAGAUGGAGAAAUCAUCCGAUUCCUAGAAAUCUUACAAGAAGAAGACACCUUAAGGGAUCUCAUGGCUCAGCGAAAUAAGCAGGUAUUCUGCUAUGUAGCCGGGAAAUUGUGCUCGGAAGGGGCCGAAAAGACCUGGGAUCAGUGCCGGAUCAAACUCAAGAAUCUAAAGUCCCAGUAUCGCUAUGUGAAGGAACGAAUACCUUACAUCGUCAAUCUCAACCUCGAAGAUGACGAGACGAUGAAACGCCUGAUCUCAGAUUGCCAAAGUCGAGGAAUCUCACCUUCCAGUCUCAAGCAUCUGCGCUAUCUGCGGCGUUUUCUCAACCGAAUGACCUCGUUGAAGGCCCAAGGGCCUUACGGGUCCCUGGAAGAGACCGACAGUGUGUCCUUGGGAGGUGGAUCAGGCCUUCCAACCCUGCCCGGAAUGGCGGGCGAACAUUCGAGCAAGAGCCACCAAAGAGAAGACAGUAACUCUGUAUUCGAUCAAUCUGAGACGGUCUCGCCGCCGUCCACUCCUUAUCCAUCACGAAAUCUUAAGAUCCUGACCGAUGAUUCGGAUGACAACCGAGACUACGAGCCUGAGAACAAACGGCCCCGCUUGGAUUCCCUGGAUGUGGCGAAUAACCUCUCCGAGGGCAAUCGCUUCAUUGAAAGGUUCAACCAAGAGAUGAUGGAGCAGUUCCUUGAGCACCAAAGGCAAAUGCAGGGUAGUAUCCACCAAUGGGAAAUGGAUCGGCAACGUCAGCACGAAAUUGCCAUGGACCGAUGGCGGCAAGAGGCUCGGGAGCACGAAAAACAAAUGUUUGGCAUGUUCGUACAGGUCAUGAGCGAAUGCAACAAUGCCCUUACCAAUAUGCUCAAAGUGAAGGUCAAGCAAACCGAGCAGAACUCGCCUGGUUCACGGUCUUCCUCCAAAUUCUCGCGGAAUUUAGAUCCAGAGUCCGGGGUCGAAAGUAGCAACACCAGUGACUCCAUGGAGAAUGAUAAAUUGGACAAGGACGAGGACUCCACCUGAACAAGAAAAUGCUUUUGGGUGCCUGCGAAGUCAUCGAUAACUCGUUUGAAAUCAUCACUAGUCCAAUAAUUUUGUUGAAUGUCUUUUCAUUGUUUAUUUCGUUUUUGGAUCAUCACUUCCGGAUUCCCCUCACCCCACUUUUUUCAUAGCCCAUUCUUGAAUAUAUAAUUAUGGCUAAUUGAAACGGA